AUGAGUUAUGGGGUGCAUGACAAUGUUGGCGACGUCAAAUCUGUUGUUCAGGUUUCUGAAACGAAGCGCAAGGGGAAUGCGAGGGUAAUGCCGGACGGCCGCCUGAUCACCACCAUGCGGGAAAUGGCCGAUGCAAUGACCACCGAAAUUUACAGGCAGUUGGUCCCACAAGCCCACACAGACAGCAGUAAAGACGGCUCAAAGUCUUCCUUAACAUAUGCAGCCAAGGUCCAUACAUAG